AUGGCGACGGCGGCGGGGGCGGUGAUGCUUUUGUACUACGUGCUGAGCCGGCGGAUGUCAACGGCAGCGGGGGAGGAAGAUUCUGGCGGCGGUGAGCGCUCGAAAUCGAAGAGUAGAUCUGCAAAGAAGAGGCUGGCUCGGCGUCCAGCUCAGGCUCCUGCCACGUGGCUAGAGACGAUCUCCACGCUAUCGGAGACCCUGAGGUUUACGUACUCGGAGACUCUCGGGAAAUGGCCGAUCGGUGACUUGGCUUUCGGAAUUAAUUAUCUUAUUAAAAGGCAGGAUUAUUUACAAGUUGCAAGUGUGUAUGCUGGCGAAAAUUGUGGGCAACUGAGAGGCCCAGAAAUCAUUGACCAAUUGUAUCAUUAUUUGAAAUUGUUAACCUUUUGCUAUCUUUUCUCAAAGAAGCCAUUUCCAAUAUUUUUGGAGUCUUCUGGCUACUCUGAAGCAGAUGUCCUUCUUCAGAAGCCCAAAGCAGGGAUUCUGAAACCCUCUUUUACCAUUUUACGGGAUGAAAAUUCGAAGUGCUUCCUUCUUCUUAUUCGUGGUACUCAUAGUAUUAAAGAUACACUGACUGCCGCAACAGCUGCACGCUGGAUAGCAAAGCUAAGUACUCCGUUCUUGCUCAAGGCCCUUGAACAAAAUCCUAACUAUAAAGUCAAGAUUGUUGGUCACUCACUUGGUGGUGGUACAGCUGCACUGCUGACAUACAUCCUUCGAGAACAGAAAGAAUUAUCCUCGAGCACUUGUGUCACCUUUGCACCAGCUGCCUGUAUGACCUGGGAGUUGGCGGAAUCAGGGAAACACUUCAUCACUACAAUUAUCAAUGGCUCUGAUCUGGUGCCUACAUUCUCAGCUGCUUCUGUGGAUGAUCUUCGUUCAGAGGUAACCGCAUCAUCUUGGUCGAACGAUCUGCGUGAUCAAGUCGAGCGCAACAGAAUUUUAAAGGUCAUUUAUCGAUCUGCCACUGCUCUUGGGUCUCGUCUACCAUCUAUAGCGAAUGCUAAAGCAAGGGUUGUUGGAGCAGGUGCACUUCUGCGACCUGUCUCAAGCGGCACUGAGGUCAUGAUGAAGCGUGCGCAAGAUGUAGCUCAAGCAGUUGUUAGGACUCGCUCUUCCAUAUCAUCAUGGACGUGUAUGGGUCCCCGUCGUCGUGCUGUGGUUCCUUCAGCUGAUUCCAAAGUGGACGAUUUGCCUGAGGCCAUCCCUCUUAUUCCUGAGACAUCAGAAUCUCUUGCAAUUGAAAAAAUAAGCAGAGAUCUGGAUGCAAACAAGGCAGAAUAUUGUUCUUCGUCUGAUCAAUCUGGGAUAGACGAGACUGAUGACGAGGAUGAUCUCCGUCAUGCGGAUAAAACAGUCGCUACAUCAACUCUGGAGAAUAUUACAGAAGGCGAGUUAUGGUAUGAACUCGAGAAGGAACUCCAGAGGCAGGAGAGUCAGGCAGGUGUCCAUACACAGGAAGAAGCAGAAGCUGCAGCAGAGGAAAUUACCGAAGAGGAGAAGGUACUGUCCGAUGCAGUUGAAAGUCAAACACCCAUUUCUUCCUCGGAUGUUUCAGAGAAUCUACAUUUCUAUCCUCCAGGUAAGAUAAUGCAUAUGGUUUCUAUACCUUUAUCUGAGGCAAACGAUUCAAGUCACAAUGGCUCGGUAGAUGAGCAAGUUGGUAUCUAUGAGACACCACGAGAAUUAUACAGUAAGCUCCGGUUGUCAAGGACUAUGAUAAAAGAUCAUUACAUGCCUAUGUACAAGAAAGUGAUGGAACAAUUGAUCACACAACUAGAAAACGAGGAAGAUGCUAACAAAGUAUUAACAUAA